GAAAGAGGGAGACUCAGCCCGUCGUUAGUGAUUGAAUUCGUCUGGGCUACAACAGUAUACUGUUCUCUUGCCUAUUGGACAUGGCCCACAGGCGGCUAGUUGUUCAAUUUAGGUAGUUUGGAUUUUGCUGGCGGCGGUCUAGUUCAUAUUGCGGGUGGUAUCGCCUCCUUAAUCUACUCCCUCUGCCUGGGGAACGCAUUUCGUGGAAAAUUGACGGAAAACGGCAAAACAACAAGUCCCACUAGUCGCUUACCUCGUUUAUUGGUACACGUUUGAUUUAGAUGGCCUGGUUGUGCUUUAAUACAGGGACGUUACUCGCGGUCAAUGUGAGAACUGCUUACAUUAUGGCCAAUACCCAGAUCAGCGCUUCCGUUACAUGUGUUACAUUUGCACUUUUGGAUUACACCUUGACAGGAAAAUGGUCCUUGAUUGCAGCUUGCGAGGGUGCCAUAGUGGGGAUAGUGGCGGUUACGCUUUCAUGUGGCUUCAUUCCAACUUGGACUGCCGGAAUUACCACUAUUGCCACCGCCUUUAUAUGCCAUUUGACGGUUGAUAUCAAUAAGUGGAUUGGUAUUGAUGACACUACCUGUUCCUUUAUCCUACAUGGCAUAAUUGGCUCUAUCUGUUUGGGUAUCUUUGUUUCCCUGAACAUCGCGGGAAUGGAUGGGGUGAUGAGAAUUCCAGGCGGUUGGGUCUGGCACCAUUGGGAACAGUCUGGGUACCAGUUUGUCGGUGUUGCGGUGAUUUGUCUUUGAACCGCCGUUUUCACGUACCUCAUCUGCCUCGUUGUAGAUUACAUUUCUGGUCUCCAUUUGAGGACCAGCGAAGAGGCGGAGGUCUCAGGUAUGGAUUACAUUAGAAAUGACAGAGACCUCCCACGAGCACGGUAAUGAUUUAAAAGCCUAUAUUAGAUAAAUCGUCCGUCAAUAUGCCUAUGGUUCACCUAACGAAUCGAUAUCAUACUUGAACGGCGUUGAGAUUGAAGACACUUACCUGGCCGGGGACAGCUCCAGCAAGUUCAACGAGAACUCUAAACGCAUCAAAGGGUGCAUCAAUUAAUCUCCUUCAACAGGAAGCGAUAAAUGACAGUUUAUAUAAUUUAGGAAGCGAUUUUAUUUCACAAAAUUUA